AUGUUAUCUCGUGCUACUACUUUACGUGCGAUCUCAAGAUCCGCUUUAAGAGCUACUGCUACUAAAGCUAUUGCUUUAAAUACUACUAGGUUUGUUCAACCAAUUAGAUUUGCUUCUACUACUAAAGCUCAACCAACCGAAGUUUCUUCAAUUUUGGAAGAUAAAAUUAAAGGUGUCUCUAAUGAAGCAGCUUUAAAUGAAACAGGUAGAGUCUUAGCCGUUGGUGAUGGUAUUGCUCGUGUCUUCGGUUUAAAUAAUAUUCAAGCUGAAGAAUUAGUUGAAUUUUCUUCAGGUGUUAAAGGUAUGGCUUUAAAUUUAGAACCUAACCAAGUCGGUAUUGUCUUAUUUGGUUCUGAUAGAUUAGUUAAAGAAGGUGAAAUUGUUAAGAGAACAGGUAAGAUUGUUGAUGUCCCUGUUGGUCCAGGUUUAUUAGGUAGAGUUGUUGAUGCUCUAGGUAAUCCAAUUGAUGGUAAAGGCCCAAUUAAAUCAGUUGGUAAUUCACGUGCUCAAGUGAAAGCUCCGGGUAUUUUACCAAGAAGAUCUGUUCAUGAACCUGUUCAAACUGGUUUAAAAGCUGUUGAUGCUUUAGUUCCAAUUGGUAGAGGUCAAAGAGAAUUGAUUAUUGGUGAUCGUCAAACUGGUAAGACUGCUGUUGCUUUAGAUACUAUCUUAAAUCAAAAGAGAUGGAAUGAAGGUGCUGAUGAAAAGAAGAAAUUGUAUUGUGUUUAUGUUGCUGUUGGUCAAAAGAGAUCUACUGUCGCACAAUUGGUUCAAACUCUAGAACAACAUGAUGCUUUGAAAUAUUCUAUUAUUGUUGCAGCCACUGCUUCUGAAGCUGCUCCUUUACAAUAUUUAGCACCUUUCACAGCUGCUUCGAUUGGUGAAUGGUUUAGAGAUAAUGGUAAACAUUCUUUAAUUGUUUAUGACGAUUUAUCUAAACAAGCCGUCGCUUAUAGACAAUUGUCUCUAUUGCUAAGACGUCCUCCAGGUAGAGAAGCUUACCCAGGUGAUGUUUUCUACUUACAUUCAAGACUAUUAGAAAGAGCCGCUAAAAUGUCCGAAAAGGAAGGUGGUGGUUCUAUGACUGCUCUACCAAUUAUUGAAACUCAAGGUGGUGAUGUCUCUGCUUAUAUUCCAACUAAUGUUAUUUCCAUUACUGAUGGUCAAAUUUUCUUAGAAGCUGAAUUAUUUUAUAAAGGUAUUAGACCAGCUAUCAAUGUUGGUUUAUCCGUUUCUCGUGUCGGUUCUGCCGCUCAAGUUAAAGCUUUAAAACAAGUUGCUGGUUCUUUGAAAUUAUUCUUAGCUCAAUACAGAGAAGUUGCUGCUUUUGCACAAUUUGGUUCCGAUUUAGAUGCUUCAACUAAACAAACUUUAGUUAGAGGUGAAAGAUUAACUCAAUUAUUGAAACAAAGUCAAUAUUCUCCUUUAUCUGCUGAAGAACAAGUCCCAUUGAUUUUUGCAGGUGUUAACGGUUAUUUAGAUACCGUUGAACUUUCAAGAGUUGCUGAAUUUGAAUCUAAAUUUUUAGCUUAUUUGAAAUCUAAUCAUAAUAAUAUUCUAGAUGAAAUUAGAACAAAGGGUGAAUUGACUAAAGAUUUGAUGGCCACUUUGAAAUCAGCUACUGAAUCCUUCGUUGCUACUUUCUAA